AUGGUUUUCAGUGCAAUAAGAAGGACGCGCUCUAAUGCGCCCGAGCAGGACUCCACCUCUGUCCUUGAGCCUGCUCUUUCUACGCAUACAGAACAUGUCCAAUAUGAAGGGGACACAAAGGACACGGAAGGCAGCAAGAAAUUUUUCUCCGAUAGGGAGAUGAAAGACAUCUCUCGCCACAUUGAAGCGACUGUGGUUGAUGAAGUUUACCAACGCAAAGUAUAUAUCCUGAACAAAAUUAUGAACGAGCAUGUUGGCAUGACUUGGUGGCAGUGGGGACUUCUUUGCGUCUCGGGUGUUGGAUGGCUUAUUGAUAAUGCGUGGUUGCAAUUGGUAGCCGUUAUUUUACCGCAAGUCCAAAAUGAAUUCUUAGUUCAACUAGGCGAUCCAGACCCUAGCGGCCCUAAUGCAAAGACGUACCACCCUGAGAUGAUGACGAUUGCGCUUUUUGCAGGCCUAGUUGUGGGUGCAGCUUUCUGGGGUAUUGCAGCUGAUAUUGUGGGACGUCGUGUCUCCUUCAACGCAACUCUUUUUAUUGCUGGCGUGUUUGGCUUGGCGUCGGGCGGCGCUACGACCUUCCCGGCUUUGGGCGGCCUUUUGGCUGCCCUUGGCUUUGGUCUUGGUGGUAGCCUCCCUGUCGACGGCAUGCUUUUCCUCGAGUUUAUCCCCGGCAAUCGGCAAUAUCUUUUGGCGUUUCUUUCCGUCUUUUGGUCGCUGGGCCAACUGAUGACUUCGCUCAUUGGAUGGGCUUUCAUUGCUAAUUACAAGUGCGACAAUGCAUAUGAGAUUGUCGCACCCGGUGCACCUCUGCCUGAAAACUACUGCUAUCCCACCAAUUCUCGCGGUUGGCGGCAAAAUAAUGGUUGGCGUUAUCUUAAUUUCACAAUUGGCGCAUUUACCCUGGCAUGCUUCUUCUUGCGCUUCCUUGUUUUUAAAAUUCCAGAAAGCCCCAAGUUCCUUCUUUCAAAAGGGCGGGAUGCGGAAGCCGUAGCGGCUAUGAAGAAGUUUGCUGCAAUGUGCGGCAAACCGCUUCCCGAAGACAUGCUUUCGGUAAACAUUUUGCGUUCUGCUGCAGGCCAGGAUGUUGACAUGGAUGAUGAGGAGACUGAACCAGUUCAACAAGAGCAACAAGAGAAACCAGAGCGCUUUGAGGGCAAGCUGAUGAGGCUGAAACACGAUAUAAUAAAAAAUGCGCGCAGCGUCUCAUUCCGAGAGACGGGCGCCAACAUCAAAGCAUUGUAUUCCACUUUUGCUAUGGGCUAUACCACUACAGUCAUCUGGAUUCUUUGGGCUUUUAUUGGACUCGCAUAUCCGCUGUUUAACUCAUUUAUUAUUCUCUAUCUUGGGUCGGGUCUCUACAGUGCUGGUACGUCAAAGACCUACCGAAACUAUACGAUUAUUUCUGCUUGUGGUAUCCCGGGCAGUAUUGUUGCCACAGCGCUUGUGGAGCUCCCCCGGAGUGGACGCCGUGGUGCGAUGUCGAUUGGUACUCUCUUGACUGGCGUUUUCCUCUUUGCAUUUACCACUGCGGACACAGAUACUUCAUCGCUUGCAUUCAGCUGUGUCAUUGCUUUCACGCAAAAUAUCAUGUACGGUGUGCUCUACUGCUACACGCCCGAAUCAUUUCCUGCGCCCGUUCGUGGUAGUGCCGAUGGUAUUGGUUCAAGCUUGAAUCGCAUUUUUGGUCUAAUUGCUCCCAUCAUCAAGACAUAUUCGACGAACGACCCAGCUGCCCCUAUAUAUGUUUCGGGUGCUCUGUUUCUAUUCUGUGGUCUCCUCAUUCUCACGCUGCGCGUCGAGACUUCUGCACGUUCCGCACUUUAA